AUGGACAUCUGCAAUGAAGCAGCCGCAAGCAAUGUUCCAGGCGCCACCGCGCUUGCCCCUCAAGAACCACGCCCAAUGCCCCCCAUGGCAGAGCAGCCGCUCCAGCCAGAGUAUGAUGUGACUGUCGGGCAUGGCGGCGGGUAUGGCUACGGAUUUGCAGAAGCCAUGGGGCACAGCCCUGUGCCUGGAACAGAGGACCUUGUUGCAGUCUGGGCCAUGCCAAGUACAGCCACAAUUGGACCCCAGGAACCACCAAGAACUCUGGAAAAGGUGCGCUUCACAGCGCUCACUGCUAGUCUCAUCCCCAGCAGUCCCUUAGGCGAAAAGGAAAGUGUCCAGAUAGCGCUGCGGCCGCGAUGCGCGUGGGGCCCAUCGGAUGGGGGCCAAGGAGGCGAGGUGGAGAUCCACGUGUCAGACUUUCAUUCGAGCAGUGGCGAGUGCCUGCGGAUAGGAGAGCACGUGACGCUGCGCAGGGUGCUGCCAAUGUGUGGCGUGCCGGAUGCGCUGGUGCCCAUGCAGGUGCCAACCUCAUGCUUGCAUCUGCCCCAUGGGGAAACUGCAGCCCUGUGGCUCUCGUUGGCUGUUCCCUCCGGACUGAGUCCAGGCGUUUACGAAGGGGAGGUGGUGGUUGAGCCUGUUGUUGAUGAUACUGGGUCAGAGCCGAUGGAAGUUAACGGCCGCGCGGACUCCCUUCGAGACGGGCUUUGCGAAAUUGUCGACGAGUUGGGGCAACGACUGGCGACUGGUGAAGAUGCUUCGGACCGUCAGGAACUGCACUCCGUCGAGCGCCGCCUGCGCACAUUACUCCGCCAAUCGGAGCCCGUUCACACCCCCAAAUCCGAGCCCGUUAACACCCUCAAACCCCUCACCAACGGGCACGCCCACCCGCCCCCCGACGGCCCGCGCUCUUCGCAGAGCAUCCGCUUGCCCAUCUCGAUCGUCGUGUGGGACUUCGUCCUUCCGACCACUCCUAGCCUGCCAGCUGUCAUGGGUGUCAGCGACAGCCUAUCCCGGGGGACGGACGAUUGGUGCGCGGCGCUCGACGCGCAUUUCCAGUGGCUGCUGCCGUUCCGGGUCAGCCCCUACUUCUGCCGCUGGGAGCGGGAGAUGCAGGUCUACACGUACACGUGCCCCUGGCCAGUCGAUCACCCUCGAGCGGAGGCGUACUAUUCGGACCCCCGGUUGUCCGCAUACGCCCUGCCGUACGCCGGAAUGGACGCCCGCGGCUACCCGGUGGAGGGCAAGGAAGCGCUGCUGAAGUUGCUGGGGGCGCUCAAGGACCGACCGCACUUCAAGAAGGCGUACUUCUACCUGUGGGACGAGCCCACCACGUCCGUGCAGCACGCGCGCAUCCGCGAGAUGGCGGCCGAAAUCCACGCGGCCGCGCCCGGCGCGCGCGUGCUUACGACCUACUACUCGGGCGCACGCGACGGCGCGGUCGGCCCGCAGACCAUCGACAGCCUGCUGAGCGUCCCGGAGAUGCUGCGGCCCCACUGCCAGGUGCACUGCGUCAGCCAGUGGGCAUUGGCGGGGCGCGAGGAUGCGGCGGAGGCGAUGGGGGCAAAAGUCCGGGCGGAGGAGGGAGAGUGGUGGUCGUACGUGUGCAUGGGUCCCGGCGACCCGCAGCCCAACCUGCAUUUGGGCAUGCGCGGCACCCAGCAGCGGGCCGUCCUCUGGCGGGUCUGGAAGGAGGGGGGAACCGGGUUCCUCUACUGGGGCACCAACUGCUACGACAAGGCGCGCGCGCCCUCCGCCGAGAUCCGCUUCCGGCCGGGGCUGCCUUUCGGCGAUGGCGUUCUCUUCUAUCCGGGCCAGGCUUUCUCCCCUGAGAACACCGAACCCGUCGCUUCGUGUCGCCUUGAGCGCUUCCUUAGUGGAAUGCAGGAUUAUGAGUAUCUAACACUUUACGCACGCAUGUACGGCCGACCAGCCGCUCAGUCUUUGCUCGCGAACUCCGGAGUGUAUCUGAACCCUGGCGUUUGGACCCCGGAACAUGGGCCCGUGGACAACUUACGAGACGAAAUUGCCAGAGCUUGCUCAACGCUUCUUGCAUAGUGAUUCCUUGACGUUGAACAGGGCACACAGUCUUGCAGCGCAGACUUGUUGUGUCUUUUAUACAGUGGAGAUCAAUGAGCUACGAUUGUGAAUCCGAGGGGGACAGGUCGAUAACCAGAUAGAGCCGUUAUUGAGAUUACUUACUUGCAGAGUAAACUCGAUGUUGUAAGAGCUGUGGUAACAUUUGUGUACUGUAUGUGGCCCUCCAUUCUGUGCUAUAGAGUUUGCAACUUUUGGGACUUGGUGUACAGGGAUCUGCCUCCACAGAUGGAUCAGAGGUAUGUGCAACAGACACAUCACUGUAGAUCUUGCUGAGCGCGAGUUCAUAGGGCCAUAGUCAAAGGUCAUACAUAAAUCUGAACUGGGGGAACUUUGCUCAUUCAGUUGAGGUGUAUCUUUUCGC